AUGACAUAUACGUCACACAUCCUAGAUCAAAUAAAGACUCUGGGUUUCCAGCAAGCCACUGCUACAUCCAUUUCAUUAGGAAUUGAUGAUCUUUUAACAAUACCUUCUAAAGGAUGGCUAGUCCAAAAUACUGAACAACAAAGUUUGAGUUUGGAAAAACACCAUUCAUUAUCGAAAUUCUAUAUAACGUCUUUUUGGGGAGCUAGAGGAAAUGUGUCUCAGGUACAUCAAUUAGUAGCCCGCAAAGGAGUUGUGAAUACUGUGGUACGAACAUCAGAUGCUGGAUAUCUCACGCGAAGGCUUGUCGAAGUAGUUCAACAUAAUGUUGUACGUAGAACGGAUUGUGGCACUAUUCGAGAUGAUAUAUAUAUGGGUUCACGGUGCAUUGCCACCCGAAACCAAGAUAUCAGGGUUGGACUUGUCAACCGAUUCAUAACACUUCGAACCCAACCAGUAUCCAUUCGAACUCCUUAUGAACGUGAACACUAA